GUGUUUGGCGCUCAGCCUCCGCCCGCUUUUGGCUCUUCGCCGACAUUUGGUGGACAACCGCCGGCGCCGUCAGCUUUUGGCAGCGCAGCCACCUUUGGCGGCGCUCCUGCUUUCGGAUCCAUGGGCUCGGGUUCGGCCACUUUCGGCACUCAAUCCUCUUUUGGCACAACGAGUGGAUUCGCUAAUUCGGUCAACAAUGACCUUAGUUUUGGAGCCCUGGCCUCAACCGCUCAGCACUCGCCCCCACAACAGACAUCCACUCCAUUCGGUUCCGGUUUCUCAGGCUUUGGCUCUUCGGAUGUCUUCACCCAAAGAAGAAAAUAAUUGUUUUGAUAAGAAAUUAAAUGAAUUUUUAAGUAAAAUGAAUAUUUUAUGGAAAAUAUUUCUAUAAUUGCGAUUAAAAACAAAGAUUUUCUCAAUAAAUGUUUUAAUUUUUACA